GCAAACUAAAAGUUAUAGAGGACUGGCAAUAGCAAAGCCAAAUUAAUCAAAUCAGAACAGCAGCCAAGUCGGAAGAGAAAGGAAAAUGGGAAAAUCAACGGCUAUGAAGCAAGCGGCGGUGGUUUUCGGGGCGCUAGCGUUUGGGUGGCUGGCCAUAGAGAUGGCAUUUAAGCCUAUCCUGGACAAGGCUCGUGCCGCCAUGGACAAGUCCGACCCGGAUCGCGAUCCCGACGAUAUCGCCGUGCGCAACAACGCUUCUGAUCGCGAAAGCGACGAUGUAGUGAAGGGGGAGGAUGAAUCUCCUUGUAGGAGGCCUACUUCUUAUGCUGAUGCCGUCGCCAAGAACUCACCACUGGCAUAAUCCUAACAGUAAGGUGCAGCUUAGGAACAAGAUCUUUGGGGUUUUGUCGAAGUAAUUAAAGUACCUUUGGAUGUUUUAGGAUUAGUGAAAUUAUUAAUGUGAUCGUAGACGUAUUUUCAAUUUCGAAUUGCUUGCUUCUACUUUUUGCUUAAAGAUAUUUUUAAGUUAUAGUAUGUUAGUAUUUGAUUCCUGCUUUUUCUGCCA